CGUCAUACAUUUCACACGGAGUUUUAAACUGUUGAUGUUCGUUCUAACAGUUGUUCUAUUGUUUUUUAUUUUUUAAAUUUUGUUAUUUUCUUUAUACAAAUUUUAACAUAAAUAAUACGUGUUUUUAAGUUGGUAGAAUUUAUUUACUUUCAAAAAAUAUUAAAAUAAAAUAUUUUUAACUAAAAACGUGAAACACUUGUGCUAAUAUAAACAAAAAAGACAUUCCAAAUGUGUACUAAAUUUAAAAAGAAAAUAAAUAUUAAAUAAUAACUUCUAAAUAUAUUAUUAAUUAUGCUUUUAAUACUUUGAUGCAAUCAAAAUAAUUUACUCGUUUAAUAUUAUUAAUAAAGUGUUUAAAUUGAAAUUGUAUCAAUUACAGUUCGUUAUAAAUUGAUAUUUUUGAAUAAAAACUCCAAACCAUUAUGAGUCACACAAAAUUAGCAUAUCGCAUAUUGCCGGGUCUGAAGUGGCUUAAAGGCUAUACGGGUCAAGAUGCGGUAUCAGAUUUAAUUGCGGGUAUAACUGUAGGUCUUACAGUACUGCCUCAGGGUUUAGCUUAUGCCACACUAGCGGGUUUGGAACCGCAGUAUGGUUUAUAUUCAGCAUUUAUGGGCGGCAUUGUUUAUGCAUUUUUGGGCAGUUGCCGUCAAGUUACCAUAGGUCCCACCGCCCUUUUGGCUUUAAUGACUAGUCGCCAUACAAGUUUUGGUUUACAAUCAGGUCCUGCCUAUGCCAUAAUGUUGUGUUUAAUCUCGGGUAUUGUAGAGUUACUAAUGGCUUUAUUAAGAUUGGGCGCUUUGGUGGAUUUGAUUUCUUUGCCCGUUACAGUGGGUUUUACUUCCGCCACUGCCGUUAUUAUUGGUACUUCACAAUUAAAGGGUCUCUUGGGCUUGCGUGGUGGUUCUGGUUCGGGUUUUGUCAACACCAUGAAAUCUGUGUUUAUGAAUUUAGAUAAAAUAAGAGUGGGCGAUUUUGCUUUGGGCGUAACUGCCAUUACCAUUUUACUAUUAUUAAGGAAACUAAAAGACUUAAAACUUAACAAUGGCCAGGCAUUCCUUAAAAGUUUUAUAUGGAUCAUAGCCACUGGUCGUAAUGCUUUGAUAGUUUUACUGGCCAGCACUAUUGCCUACUAUACCUGUGACAGUAAAGACAGCUGUCCUUUUAUAUUAACGGGCACUGUUAAAUCGGGUUUGCCCGAUUUUCAAAUACCCAAAUUUGAAACUACUAUACUAAGUGCAAAUGGCACUGAGAUCAAGCAAAACUAUCAGGAUAUGUUAGAGGAAUUGGGUCCUUCAAUGAUAGUUUUACCCAUAAUUGCUGUCUUGGGUAAUGUGGCCAUUUCAAAAGCUUUUGGUGGAGCUGGUCUCUCUCCCACAAGAGAACUUGUGGGUCUCUCGUUAAGUAAUAUAUUGGGUUCAUUCUUUUCAUCGAUACCCGUUACCGGUUCAUUUUCUCGCAGUGCUGUUAAUCAUGCCAGCGGGGUGAGAACACCCAUUGGUGGCUUUUAUACUAGUGCUUUGGUGUUAUUAGCUUUGGGUUUAUUGGCUCCAUAUUUUCAAUAUAUACCCAAGGCCUCCCUAAGUGCUGUUAUCAUAUCGGCUGUUAUCUUUAUGAUUGAGUUUGAGGUUAUUAAACCCUUGUGGCGUUGCAGUCGUCGUGAGUUAUUACCCGGUGCUAUAACAUUUGUCAUCAGUUUGGCGGUGGGUGUAGAAAUUGGUUUAAUUUUGGGUGUGGGCACUGAUGUAGCUUUUCUGGUGUAUCGGGUAGCUCGUCCUGUUUUAGCUGUUGACAAAUUAAAGACUGCUCAUGGCAUUUCUUAUUUGCUUAUAAGACCCAAACACAGUUCUUUAUAUUUCCCUGCUACCGAAUGGGUACGCACGGGUAUUUCCAAGGCUAUAAAUACCCAUGGCUCGGCUCCUGUUAUAUUGGACUGUUCGAAUGUUGAUGAUUUCGAUUUUACUGCCGCUCGUGGCAUUGGUUCUUUAAACAAGGAAUUGUCUAAUAUGCAUGUUCCUUUGUUUUUGCUUAAAGCUUCUAAGGAAAUUUGUGUUAUUUUAAAAGAAUCUACAAAUGCUGAUAUACCCACGUUACAGAAUGCUGAUGAUUUGGAAACAUUAUUGGAACAAACACCUGACUAUGAACCCUAUUUACAAGUACUCGUACCACUUGUGAAUAAUCAGCUGACAACUGCACAACAAAUGGAACACGAUAAAAGGAAUUGAUAGGAAUCUCGGCUUAAUAAAAUAUUUUAUAACAUUUCCAUUUAGUAAUAUAAAUAAAUGCUGUUUUAAGUAUUUGUUUUAUAAUGAAACUAACUAACACAAAAGUAUACUUAUAUUAUAUAACCUAUAUACACUUAUAUUAGAAUAAUUGAAAAAUAGGACCCCAUUAAAAUUUAAUAAAAUAUUUGUUUAUUUUCUUUUUUUACAUGCAACUGUUUUGCACUUUUCUU